AUGAGCACCGAGCGACUCGAGGCGUGGCAGCGCUUGCCGUGCACGUCCUGUCAGCGCAGCUACAAGUUCUACUGUCCCAAGUGCAACAUACCAUUGGGUGCUCCAGAAGACGUGACUGUGCCUGCUCUUACGCUGCCGCUGCAGGUGCACGUAUGGUUUCAAGAUAAGAUCAAAAAGAGUACAGCACCUCACGCCAAGGUGCUGGCGCCACAGGACGUAGAGAUUCUGCCAUAUCCAGUCGCGAAAGAUCUAGCAGAUCGACUACAGUAUACGCGUGAGAGCGCUGUGGUGGUGUACCCAUCGUUUGCGGCUGAGACGCUGGAUGAGAUGAGUACCGAGGAGCUCCAAGCCAUUCGCACGCUUAUCUUUAUUGACUGUCCAUGGCAGAAAGCCCCCGUGAUCAUGACAGAUGAUGCCAUCGCGCAUUUGCGACAUGUGAAGCUUGCUCGCCCGCCACAAGAGAGCAACUUUUGGCGCUACCACAAAGCAGGAGCCGGUUGCGUCUCUACAAUCGAAGCGAUUCAUCUCAUGCUGGAGGAGUACACUGCAGCAGCAAAAACGAGAUCGAUGUCCUUGAGGGAGGGCUCGGAAAUCACGCAGUUGUCGGACUUGCUCUUCUUUUUCAAGCUGCAGUUCACGCGCAUUGUCGAGCACUGCGAGAAGGAAACAGACGUCGAGCGCAAACCACCGAUGGACGCCGACGAGAAGGAGCGUCGUCGCCUGAUGUACAGUCAGAAAGAACAAGGCAAGAAACGGCGGCUGGAGAACAAGCUACAAACGUGGCACGCACGCUCGCUCGCGAUUCAGUCGGGCGAAAGUCCGCCCGUCACGACGCAAAGCAAGCGCCAUCGCCGAUGCUACAACUGCAAGAAGGACGACCAUCAAUCGAAAGACUGCCCUCAGCCAUGCCGCUACUGCAAGCAGCGCGGUCAUUUUAGUGCCAACUGUAGUAUGAAACAGGCAGCGUACGAGCGCGAGAUGACGUUCCAGCAAACGCCACGUACAAGAGCGUUGUAA